AUCACAGUGCUAUAUGGAGUAUGCGUGCUAUAUCGGAGCAUCCAUGUCCAUUUUGCCUCUCCCUGCCCUCUCUCCUACCUUUGCCACAGAGAUGCGCGAGGAGGAGGCGGAGAGCUAGAGACCCGCUCAUGGCCACGCCGCCGGCCUACAUCGCCGGAGCACACAAGCAGCGCGCCAAGCGACGUCGCCAGUGCUCCUCGUUGCCGUCGCCCGCUUCGUCAUCCUCAUCCCACAACGGCAGCACCACCACGCAGCAAGAGGAAGACGAGGCGGCGGACAUGGCCAAAUGCCUCAUCCUCCUCGCCCAGGGUCCAGCCGCCACCGUAAUGGAGCCAGCAAUGCCAGUGCCGGUGCCGGCACCCCCCAGGCCGACGACGACCCAGCGGCCGCCGUCGUCAUACGAGUGCAAGACGUGUAACAAGUGCUUCCCCUCCUUCCAGGCCCUCGGCGGCCACCGCACCAGCCACAACAAUGACAAGAUCAAGAAACCGCGGCGGCCGGAGGCGGAGGCCGCCGCCGCCGCUGCUGUCACCACGACGCUUAGCCUGCGCACAGCGGCGGUGGCUGGGAGGCCGGCGGCGGCGCACGAGUGCUCGGCGUGCGGUGCCACGUUCGCGUCCGGGCAGGCGCUUGGCGGGCACAUGAGGCGCCACCGGCCGCUCACGGCGGGGGCCGCGCCUGAGAGCGUGGUCACCGCCGAGGAGACGAGCGCAGGAGGCAACAACGUCAGCCUGGAGCUGGACCUCAACCUGCUGCCGGCGCCGUCAACGGAGCAAGAGGUGACAUCCCCGGCAUUGGCAACAAAGCGCACGCACCACUUCAAUUGAUGCUACCUUUUUUUUUUUUGUUUGUCUUGU